AUGCUGAAGGCGGGUGCUUCUGCUUCGUCCAUCCAAUGGGCUGUCAAAGAGCAGUUUUCCAGCAGCGACUGCUCUACCAACUUGACCGAUGUCACCCAACUGGGGCGCAUCGGAACAGUGGCCCAGGGCCUGGGGUGUGGAGGUGCAAAUGGCGCUGCAGGGAAAGCCUUCGUUGUCGAGGGAACGGACCUGAUGACCUACAGCCACUACAACGUCACUGCCGAGUGCUCCGAUACGCCCAACGUGAACACCACCACGAAGCUGGAGGAGUGCGUGGAAUCCGCUGCAGGCGUGUACGAGAAGGUGAAGCUGGUGUCAGCCCCGGGGCAACUUACGACCAUCUAUGAUGUGGGCGAUGACACCUGUUCCGGUGCGCCAGUGACGACUUCCUUGAGUGCUUACCUCUGCACUGCCUCGAGUGACGUCCCGGGAUUCGUCACCCGCUUGUCGUCGUGCUACGGAGAUAAGCAAAUGAAUUGCUGGUACAGCAACAGCGACUGUACCGGCAGUCAGAUGUGCUCCCCCAGCUCUUACGAUCUGGGCUCGUGCUCUGCAAUGGGCGGGGGUCGGUAUGGGAGAACCAUCAUUCUCGGCUCCGACGAUGAAGUUGCCGAACUUUGCACUACCACCACAACGACCCCGUUUGCAGGCAUUUCGGGCAACAUCAGCGUCCACACGGACGGCGCUUGCUCCGUGCUGGAUGCCACGUACUCCGUCGAUUUGGGGCCGUGCACAGCAACCGGCUCGACCACCUCCCAGCAGUUCACGUGCAGUGAAGGAUCGAUCGCUUACCACGUGUACACCACCAACGACUGCAGCGGUGAAGCAACGACGCAGGUCUAUGAGCAGGGCCCAUGCACGCCAGUCGAGAACGGCACGUCAUCCUGGAUCGUUACCUUCCCUGAGUGCACUGUGUCUACAACUGCAGGAGGCGCAACAGCUUCAGCAGCGGGGCACUUGAACAUCGGGUCCGUGAUCCUUGGCUUCCUUGCUUGCCGCUACUUCUUUUGA